AACAAAGAUGCUUUCUUAGAAAACAAUCCUAACUAUAUCUGUAAUGUGUGCGGCUCUUUCUCUGAUUUUUUUUUCCCCUUUUUUUUUGGUGUUUACUGGAAAACAAGACAAAGAUGCUCAUUAAUUUUCUAACAGCUGUUUUUUCUCCCCGUUCUGCUUGUAGCUGGUGUGUGUGCGAUCGUGUCUGCGCAGUGUGUGUUUGACAAUGCAGCCCGUGCAGUUGCUGGAGGUACCCGGCUUUGGGCAGAGGCUGUUGGGCGCGUUGAGUCUGGGCAGACGAAAGCAGUACUGCCUCCCCCACCCGAAGCACAAGCAGAGGGAGGGGCUGUAUGCAGACGGCCCUGCACAGCUCCCUCGGGGCCGCUCCCCCUCCCAUCCCGGCACGCUCUGCAGACUCCAUGAUGAGCUGGAGAGUGACAGCGAGCUCCUGUAUCUCUCUUUCGUCACCGCCUCCUCUGUUCCGUUGCUCACAUCAUCAUCAUCAUCAUCAUCAUCUGACAGCGAGAGCACGUUGUCGGGGGCGACCAGGCGCUCGCGCAGACGUAAAAGCAGGCUCGGGAGCGGCCAUGGCGUGAGAGAGCUGCUCAUAAUGGGAAAUCAAGACGGAAAGCUCAAGCGCUCUGAUGCAGGAGGAGGCACGGCCGAGUGUGGAGCUCUCCGGGAGAACGAUGGCUCAAAGAAAGGGAAGAAAUCUCACAGUAAACAAGGUAAGGGUGCGGAGGGCGGGAAGAAGAAAAACAAAUCGGACUCUAAAUCGGUCUUUCCUCACAUACGGAAGCGUAAGAGCCUCGGGAAGGUGAAAGGAUUUCUGGGUGGCUCUAAAGAGGAUGCAUUGGACUCCCAGCACGAUGAACUCGACAGCGUUCCGUCUCUGCGCAAUAAAACGCCGGAUCUGUCCGGAGAUGAGCUCGGCCAGUCGGACGCCGAACAUGAGAGGCCUCGACUGGUGGCCGACAGUAGGCAGACCGCGCCGGAUGCAACCGGCGGCCCGGAGGAAGAGAAGAAAGUGACGAGCUCCGGAUCGGACACGGAUAUGUACAGCUUCCACUCGGCCACAGAACAAGAGGAUCUGUUGGCUGACAUUCAGCAAGCCAUCCGUCUAAAGCAGAGUGUGAUUCUCGGUGGUGCCGAGCUGUCCUGGGAGAAGGACUGUAAACAAACUAGUUUUAGUGAUGCUAAAUGCACCCCCACCCCUGAGUCGGAGACCUUCACUGUGCUGGAAGCACUUACUAAACGAGAAAACGGAAAUGUUAGAAGCAUGCAUCUCUCCCCGCAGCACACAGAAGAGGAUGGGGCUGUUAAUAGAGAGUCUCACAGCUCAGAUGUGGCCCCUUGUGCCUCCAUCGCCGUGGCAACCAUCACAAAAGAGCCAGAGGCGGUGAGAGAGCCCCCUCUUCCCACAAGCCCCAUUGCCAAGACAACCAGCACCACCAGCUUCCCAGACCUCACAGCUUCAUCCGAAAGUGCUGUGGAAGCCGUCCAAGAGGAAGAAAAUGAAAAUCCCAUGGACGAGUCGCCUAGAGAUGGACCGAGCACGGACACGUUAUCCGCAGGCUCUCUGGAGUGCGUCAGCGCUGUUGAAAUUACCUCCGAACAACCCGACAACGAGGACUAUGCGCUCGCCGUCCAGCGGCGGAAGAGUUGCGUGACUUUCUCGCAGCAAGAAAGCCCUCUUGCAACACGGUUGUUAAAGUCAGCGCUGACGUCAUCAACCACUAACGGCGGCAACUCCGUGAAGCCGUACCCCCCGAUCAGCAUGUCCUACAUCAAAACCACCACACGGCAACUCAGCUCACCCUUGUGCUCGCCCACGCCAUCUCCAUCCCGUAGCCCACUGUUCACACGGCGAGGCCGCGACUCCCCGGCGACGGUCGUAAGGGCGGAGAGAAAACGAGUAAAGCGGCAGCGGUCCUACAGCAUCACUGGUCCCAUCAGCCGAUCGGCGGACUGGACGGAGGAACUGCGGUCCCUGUCGCCCAAAACAGCUGGCUCUGCUGAUUACCUGGAGUACGGUGGCUCAGAGGGCACACUUAGGACGGUCAGUCCGACACAGAAGGCGUCUGUGGGUCAGGCCUCGACCUGCUGCUUCCAGGACGUUUUCACAGGUCGGACUCUUUUGGAAAGGUUUUUCCAGAAGCAGGAUUCAGGAGAGCCGGAGGAAUCGGAGCAGCUGUGCUCCAGGAUUCUGGCGAUGGGUCUUCUGCUUCCGUUUAGUGACUGUUUCAGAGAGACGCAGGACAGCAGCGGACACAUCCCAACAAAAUUUGAUCAAGAUCAGCUGUACACAUGGGCCCCGGUGAGUCAGCCGCCUCAGUCACUGGAGCGUUUACCCGGACACCUGAAGAACCUGUGGCCCCCGACCAGACCAGGACCAGAGGAGCGACCCGAACCCAAAUACACAGAGGCUGCCGCAGAGGAAGAGGAGGAGCAUCAAGCUGUCGUUUUAGACUUAACGAAACAUCAAGAAGAGGAGAUCUGGCAAAUUCAGGAGGAGUCGGUGUUGAAGACGGUGCAUUUGAAACAGGAGCACGUCUGUGUGAUCGAACUGUUGGAGCAAACCAUUGAAGACCUGCGUUGUAAAAUCGCUGAGCUGGAGAAACAGCACCCUCUAGUGGAGCGUGAGGUCAUUACACAGGAUCGCGAGUGUGGCGGAGAGGAUUUCCUCAUCCCGGAUGUCUGCCAUGUGGAUCUGCAGACUGAAAAUACCGCUCUGCUGCCGCUGGAGGCUAAAUCAGUUCAGACGUCGCCGGUGGACGAGAGCUUUCGGUUUAAAGUGCCUUCACUGGAGCAGGGCCUCACGGAGACGGCGCUGCCCAGACAGAGUGAGCCCUCGCUGGGGUCAGAAACUGAAUCUGCCCCUGAUCAGGCUGGACCUGGAUCUCAAACGUUUGUGUGCAAAUGCCAGCAGCAGCAGCAGCAGGGCGGUUUAUUGGCUCAAAACCAUAGCGCACCUCCUCCUCCACCUCCUCUACCUCCAGGCUUUUCAUUGCCGCCGCCACCUCCACCACCUCCUCUACCUGGAAUGACCAGGCCUCCGCUGCCACCUCCUCUACCUGGAAUGACUCGCGCCACCUCUACCUGAAUGACCGCCCGCCUCCUCUACCUGGAAUGACCAGCGCCUCCGCCGCCGCCACCUCUACCUGGAAUGACCGCACCUCCGCCACCUCCUCUCUCAGGCUCUUCGCUGCCGCCACCUCCACCUCCUCUACCUGGCCUUGCUGCAGGUACAGCACCUCCUCCUCCUCCAGGUCCUCCUGGUCCUCCAUCUCUGGGGGCGUAUGCUCAUCUGCCGCUUGGAUCGGGUCUCUUCCCCUCCGCUGCCGCUGGGGCUGUAUGCUGCCGAGCAGCGCAGGAGAAACCGCACAAAUGUUACAUAGAACCACCGAGACCCAUGAAGCCGCUUUACUGGACCCGAAUACAGCUGCACGCCAAAAAGGACUCGAGUUCUGUUGUUUGGGACAAGAUCGAAGAGCCAUCCGUGGAUUUUGAGGAAUUUGUUGAACUUUUCUCCAAAACAGCAGUUAAAGAAAAGAAGAAGCCACUUUCAGAUACAAUCAGCCGAUCCAAGACGAAACAGGUGGUCAAGCUGUUAAACACGAAGCGUUCUCAGGCGGUGGGGAUUUUAAUGUCCAGUUUACAUCUCGACAUGAAAGACAUUCAACACGCGAUCCUGAAUCUUGACAACACCGUGGUUGAUCUGGAGACGUUACAGGCGCUUUAUGAGAACAGAGCUCAACAAGAUGAACUGGACAAAAUCGAGAAACAUGUCAAAUCCUCCAAAGAUAAAGAAGGAACGAAACCUCUGGACAAACCUGAACAAUUUCUGCACCAGCUCUCAAAGAUCCCCGAUUUCUCCAGUCGAGUCUUCUGCAUUCUCUUUCAGUCGACGUUCUCAGAGUGUAUUUCAUCUGUUCAGCGCAAACUUCACAUUCUGCAGAGAGUCUGCAAGAAUCUUCAGAGUGGUUCCAGCGUCUUGAAGAUUCUCGGUUUAGUUUUGGCUUUUGGGAAUUUCAUGAAUGGAGGGAAUCGCAGCCGAGGUCAAGCAGACGGAUUCUCACUCGAUAUUCUGCCCAAACUGAAGGACGUGAAGAGCAGCGACAACAGUAAGAGUCUGCUGUCAUACAUCGUGUCGUAUUACCUGAGACACUUUGACGAGGACGCCGGCAGAGAAACGUGUGUGUUUCCUCUCCCAGAACCUCACGAUCUGUUCCAGGCGUCUCAGAUGAAGUUUGAGGACUUCACUAAAGAUCUGCUGAAGCUCCGGAAAGAUCUGCGAGCGUGCAUGGCAGAGGUGGAGAAGGUUUGCUCCGUCACGACAGAAGAACAUCUGCAGCCCUUUAAAGACGAGAUGGAGAAGUUUGUAAGUGAAGCUAAAACGGAGCUGGGAACUCAAGAGGCACAGCUGAGUGACACUCACAAAAUGUUCUUGGAGCUGUGUGUGUUCUUCUCCGUGAAGGCCAAGAGUGGAGAAAAAGAGGUCUCUCCAAACACGUUGUUCUCCGUCUGGCACGAGUUCUCCUCCGAUUUCAAAGAGACUUGGAAGAAGGAGAACAAGGUUAUUUUGCAGGAGAGGUUGAAGGCAGCAGAGGAGUGUUUCAGACAGGUGAAGGAGAAAGCCACAUACAGCGUCAAACCCAAACACGCUUCAGGAAUCAAAGCAAAGUUGGGAAUGAAGAUAUAAGACUGGGUUUGGACUGCGCGUUUGACAUCUUUAAAUCACACACACACAGUGUAAACGGACACAGGAAGUGCCCUCUGAGUUUGAUGUCAUACCCUGUGAGCUGGUGGCGUGGUGGAGCUUUACGGGGGCAUGAAAUCUGUGACUUUACAUUCCAAAAUGUCCCAUCGCUCCGGAGCCAUAAACACUGCAGGAGUAAAUAUGUACUGGAGCACUGAAGCAAUAUGAUCCCAAAAAAGUGUCCGUUUUAUUUUUAAUAGGUGAGAAAAAGCUCAACAGAGACGGAGAGAGAGGUGAGACGCUUCCUUUUAAACAUCAGUUCACCGUUUCCACUGACAGAAACGAGCUUUUUUUAAUGCACACGGGAGUUAGCGCUGCGUUUACUCCUACAGUUCUGACCCGGCUUAGCACAAAGCACAUCAUCAAGCACUCCAGGACCUGAAAGAGACACUGCAGAAUGUACAUUGUGAUGCAGAACAAUCAGCCAGCGUCCGUCCUCUCUCUGUCUCUGUUCCCGUGACACGGUGAGUUCUGGGGGUCAGAGGUCAUUCAGGAAGCUGAACUCAGUGCUUGUGAAAUUAUGCAAGAUUUCUUUCCCUUGUUUUGCUGCAUCCAAACACUCGAUGUAUUUAAAGAUGUUUUUUUAAAUGAAUGUAAAUGGUAUUAACAUGUUUGUGUAGCAUUGUUUGUUUUUAGCAUGACUGUGUUGGCGGUGUGGAUCGUGCGGGAUGGAUGUUUGCUCUUCAUGUGCAAUAACUGUUUGUAUCUUUCAUUGUUUUUGGGAACUGUGUAUUUAUGUAAAAUAAAGGGAUUCAUAAAAUCACUGGUUUUGUGUGACAU